ACCGUCCUUCUGCUGUCAUGGCCGGCGAGCUCUAAGUCAGACGCGCUGUUUGUCAAAUGGGAUAAUAUGCAAAUAUCUUAAGAGUCGGCUGGUCCCGUGGAUUAGGGUACGCAUAAGCAACGCAAAACUCCCGUUUUCGCGAAUUCCACCGGGUCUUCCACCAAUGGAUGGAUCCUCGAGCGUGCGAAUCUAGAGAACUCCGAGAUUUACAGGAGCGAGAGAAUCUAAAGCUACUGUCGAAGCUCUUAUCAGAUCCUGGCAACUUCUCCAAGCAUGCAAGGGAAUGUACAUCAUCAACGAUCCUACUCUUAAUGUACGGAUACCCGUCACGUAUAGGCGAUCCUCUUCACCUGGUCAAAAUCGCCGAAGAUGCCAUGCUUGGUUUUGCCCGCGCCUCCGAACCUGGAAGAUGGUGGGUAGACAGCUUUACCAUGUUAAAACACGUACCGCCUUGGUUCCCUGGUGCAUCAUUCCAGCGGACAGCUAAAUCCAUGAGGCGCGAUCUUGAUGAAUUGUAUGAUGUUCCGUUUAACUUCGUCAAAACUGAGAUGAAAAAAGGUAUCUUUGAACAGUCGUUCCUGUCCCAAUACCUCGAAGAGCCCUCACUGACAAAUAAUCCUCUUGACGAUUUUGGGGAAUUGGCCAAAGCGGCAGGGGCAUCUUUGUAUUCAGAGACAACUCCAUCCGCGUUAACGUCAUUCAUACUAGCGAUGGUUCUUCAUCCGCAAGUUCAAGAGAAAGCUCAGUCCGAGAUUGACGCCCUCGCUCUAGGCCGCUUCCCAAUGAUCACGGAAGGACGGUAGAGAAGAGCUGGGUGAGCCACUGGAAGGGCAUCAUCUUAUUCUGUCGUCUUUAAAGAAAAUGCGGAGGCAGGAGAUGGCGGUCGACAUUAGCGUUGGGUUCAGUUCCCACGAUUGCCCUUACCUGGCGGUGGACAGGUUUCGUUCAAUAUUUUAGGACCCGCUUAUCUUUCAGUAACCAACCUUAGUACCGCAAAGGGAAGCCCUGAACAGAGACUUUGGUUUCUGCUGAAAAAUUGGGC